ACAUACCCAUAUUGAUUCUUCCAUUGGAAUGAAGUCAGCAUAAUUAUUUGCUAAGUGCUGCAAACCCAGAAACCUGUCUGAUUCUGAAAUGUUCGUGAUUUUCGUGAUGGGUGUGAAAUCACGAAAGUAAGUGGGCGCGAAAUACGAAACUGGAGAGUCGAGUCAAUCAUCCAAUUGACUCCAAUCGCAAGCGUUUGCCGUAUGCAUGUGUGUGUGUGUGCGUGUGUGCGCGCGUGUGUGUGUGUGUGUGUGUGUGUGUGUGUGUGCGUGCGUGUGUGUGUGUGUGUGUGUGUGUGUGUGUGUGUGUGUGUGUGUGUGUGUGUGUGUGUGUGUGUGUGUGAUACUACUCUACUCUAGUAGGGCCUGUACAGCGGCUCUUGUAAGUGGACGGUUUCAUCCUGCCUGAUCAAGCUGCAGCACAUAUACGUACAGCUGCGCGUACACGACGUAUAGCUGCACUGCAUACUGACAUGAAGCGGGACCAGCUGAGAGCCACAUUGAAGACGAAUGUCGCGUCGCUGUGCCAGCGACUGGAAGACAGCUGGCUGUGUAAGUCUGGUGACGAUGCCGGACGGUUGAAAGAAGCUGCCGCAACGGCGAAGAGCAUUCCAGAAUGGCAAGACAUCAUUCUCACCGUCAAGCUAGCCAUAAAGGAGAGAUUCCUGAUGGGGUACUUGUGUGAUCCAGAAGUACAGACCGCUCUUCUUCGCGUUGACAUGGCCCGACUCAAGAAAACGAGCGUCACACCGGGAUACCCUCGCGAGUGGGAGUUCUUCGUCUCCAAGGCUGAGUCCUAUGGUCAACUUCUGCUGCUGUGGAGGCUACUCUCUGAGAGUAUUGACUGGAGGAGCUCAAUCAAGGCUGUGAAGUGUCGGGUGUGCAAGCAGAAAGGUGAUCUCGACAACAUGCUGGUGUGUGUUGAUUGCAACGGAUGCUGGCACACCACGUGCAAGACUGAGGGGGCGCCAAAACUUGACAUUUGCUAUGAAUGCAAGCUGUUCAAUCGACAAUACCGCGAGGCCUCGGCCCUAGUUCACGAGUCAUUCAUCUCGGAUGCGGAAAGCGCUGACACGAGUGAUGGCUACACAACCGAAGAGUACUGCUUUGACUCGGCGGCUGAGGACGGCGACUCCGAUCUUGAUUAUUGUCAUGACAAUGGAGAUGAUCGUCAUGGUUGCGCUUCGGGGGACGCAGCUAAGAAAGCAAUAAAGAUGAAGUGCAAGACAGCACGACCUCCACAGAAUUUAGCAGCAGCGGAAGAGCAGGAGGCUUUCCAUUUGUCUAGGGCCAUCGCACUAUCAAGAGCCACACACGCCCGUCGUCCCAAACGAGGCAUGUCCGGACAGCAUCGUAUCAGUCCACUCCUCAGGGGCGAGUCCGUCGUCACGCCGACGUCGACAGAGUCCCCGGCAGCGUCACCGUCGGAGAGUGUAUGUCUAAAUAUGGACGAGUCAGGCUCGUUUGAAUUCUCCAAUCCUGAGAGUGUGACAUCACCUGAUGAUGAUGAUGACGAUACUGACGAUGUAACGAGUGACAGCAGCCUUGACGACAGUGAUGUGUUGCUGAGUGACAGUAGUCAUGACAACGAUGCCUUUGUGCUGAGUGACAGUUGCCAUGACGACAAUUACGCUGCACCCGGCAACGACAAUGACGUGGUGUCAAGUGACGGUAGCCAUGGCGACAAUGGUGUGUUGCCUAGCGACAGCAGUUGUGACUCUUAUGGAGGGGUUUCACAUCUUGGUCAUGUCAUGUGA